ACGUUCUAGCGCGCACGACAGCGACAAGGCGUUCCAUCCGCUUGUAUAUCGGGCUCCUAUCUCUCGUAACGCGACCUCUUCGCGAACCAUGCAGGACGGCCCGUUGUUGCAUGUACUUUAAAGAUAUUAAUCCUCGACUUAAUUGUCACGGGUAUUUAAAUUCGGGUGGUUCGGAAGAGUGUUUGAAAACUUUGUUUAUUGGACAUUAACAUAAAUUUGAAAGGAUAUGCGGCAGAAAAUGCCGGAAGAUCGGAGUGCGGUGGAUGAGUAAAAAUGUGCUAGAUGUGGUGAGAUGUUGCUGAAUUUGAGGAUGAUGGUCGUCUGGUUACUGUUUAUUUUAAUGCCGAUUUGUUUGACGUUCAACUUCGACGACGGACCCACUCAAAAUGAACUAGACAAACCAAUCCCAAUGGAGGAAGUUCACGGUGUGCUCGGCAAGAAGCAGAAUCUGCCCUGUGAUAUUAGGACAAGGGAUAAGAACGACGCCGUUGCCAUGGUAUUGUGGUUCAAAGAAACCGUCAGCGAGCCGCUCUAUAGCUUUGAUGUAAGGGGACGACAGUAUUCCCAAGCGAAGCUUUGGUCUUCGCCUGAGAUAUUCGGACCGAGGGCCUACUUCAGAGCAGCAACAACUCCUGCUGCGCUAGUCAUUGACAAUAUCCGAAUAAGCGACGAAGGGGUAUACAGGUGUCGAGUGGACUUCAAAAAUUCCCCUACAAGAAACAGCAAAGUCAACUUCACAGUAAUCAUUCCUCCUGAAAAGAUCUUCAUCUACGAUGGACAUCGAAAAAAUAAGUCAGUAUUAUUGGGACCGUACAAUGAAGGUUCCAACAUUAACCUAGUUUGUGAAGUUAAGGGAGGUCGCCCUAAACCAAAAGUUAAUUGGUUUUUGGAAAACACCAUUAUAGAUGACUCCUAUGAAGUCCGAAAUGACGGUGUCGUGUUGAAUCAUCUCACAUUUCCGAAUAUUGGUAGGCAACAUUUGCAUGCAAGACUGAUUUGCCAAGCGAGCAACAAUAAUCUCGUCCCUGCGGAGACGAAAGUAGCUGUUUUAGACAUUAAUUUGAAACCCCAAUCUGUGAAUAUAUUAACUCAAGAGAAAUACGUAUCAGCAGACAAAAGGUACGAAGUAGAAUGCCGGACGUCCGGCUCUCGACCUGACGCUAUCAUCACCUGGUGGAAGGGAAACCGGCAAGUUAGAAGAGGAAAAGAGAAAAACUUCUCGGAGCAGAACAAUCAGAGUUUGAGCAUUUUGACGUUCGUGCCGGUGAUCGAUGACGACGGCAAAUACUUGACAUGUCGAGCGGAGAACCCGUCCAUCCCCGAUAGCGCCCUGGAGGACAAGUGGAGAUUAAACGUCCAUUAUAUUCCGAUUGUAACGUUGAGGAUGGGAACGUCGCUAAAUCCCGAUGAUAUCAAAGAGGGCGACGACGUUUACUUCGAAUGCCUGGUGCAGGCCAAUCCGAAAAAUCACAAGCUAUCCUGGUUUCACAAUGGUGUGGAAAUUUUCCAGAAUGCUGCGGCCGGUGUUAUAAUGAGCGAUCAAAGUCUAGUACUACAAAAUGUUGCCAGAUCGACAGCAGGAAAUUACACCUGCAUGGCAACAAAUCUCGAAGGAAAGGGAAUCAGCAACCCAGUCAAAUUGAUUGUCAGAUAUGCUCCCAUGUGCAUCCAGGACCACGAAGAGCUGUACGGGGCCCUCAAGCAGGAAACCGUAAUUCUGAGGUGCAGCGUCGACGCUCAUCCGGCUGUAGUGGCGUUCCAUUGGACGUUCAACAACAGCGGCGAUCAGAGCGACGUCCCGCCCGACAAAUUCACCAACGAAGUGACCUCUUCCAGGCUAAAUUACACGCCGGCUACCGAUUUGGAUUACGGCACCUUGUUGUGCUACGGCGAGAACGAAAUUGGGAGACAGAAGGAUCCUUGUAUAUUCCAAGUCGUCGUCGCAGGUCGACCUUCCCAGUUGCAGAAUUGCACGGUGAUCAAUCACACGUCCAAUUCCCUACAAGUCGACUGCUUAGAAGGCUUCGACGGCGGGCUUCCUCAAAGUUUCCUGAUGGAGGUGUUGGAAUUGCCCAAUCUCAGACCGAGAAUUAACCUGACCACGUACAAAACGCCUCCUUCGUUCACAACAAACGGUCUAGAUGCCGGGGCCAGCUACAGGAUCAUCCUGUAUGCAGAGAAUGCAAAGGGCAGAAGCGAUCCCACUAUCAUCGACCCGGUUACCUUCAAGGGCGUCGCUAAACUACAAGGAUCCACCGCUUCGAUGCCGGUGAGUCCUCUUCUCAUCGGACUCUUGGGCACGGCCGCUUUUCUUGCCACUGGAGUUUGCUUGGUACUAGCGGCGCUUUGCCGCCGCCACUUGGCGCACAUACACGGAGGAAGAGCGUGCCAAAGACCGACGGAUAACGGCUCGAAGCACAUGCCCAUGGAGGCCGUUAUAGCCGCCGACGAUCUCAUAGUGGACGGCUCCGUCACGGGCGUCCGGAUGCCGCUCACCCCGCACACGGACCCGCCGCUGGUCGUCGAACCGAUUCCUCAACGGGGACCUGUCGAAGGAGCGGAUCCCGACAUCAUCAGGAAUCAAUACGAAAGGCGUCCAACAUAUAGCUUUAUGAAAAUUUAUGAGCCUCCUCAAAGUAGAGACGAUGACGAUCUAGACGAUGAAGGAGAGGAAUAUGACUUCAGAUAUGUUGCCAAAGAUAACCCCCCUAUACCCUCCAGUCAGACGAUUUACCGAAGUCUACAGAGGCCUAGAAAUGUCGCUCUUCCCAAUAUCAACAUGUUACAGGGUUCCCACACUAUCACACACAAAUAUAGAGGUCCCGAAGUCGUUACAACAUCAAAUCGAAUACAGGAAAGUUGCAUAUAAAUGUCUUUGUUUCUAUUAUGUAAUAUACUAUUGUAAUAUGUAAAACAAAA